AUGGACUCACCAAUCGUCAAAGCCUCCCUGCAGGCAGCCCUCCUCAGCGGCAUCUCCAACAUCCUCGCACAAGCCAUCACAGUCUACCGCUCAAACCCCCACCUCCAAACAACCACCCAAGCCCCAACCCUUCUCCAAACCUUCCUCUCCUCCUUCAACCCCACCGCCCUCUUCCACUUCGCCCUCUUUUCCCUCCUAGCCUGUCCACCAAACUACCUCUGGCAGAGCUGGCUCGAAGGACAAUUCCCGGGAUACGCGACGAAGCUCUCUCAGCUGGAGAAAGAAGCACUGGUCGACAGCGCAGUGAGUGGAAGGAGCACAGCCACAGACAACAAAAGCAAUGGCAAUAUCACGAACCGCUCCAAUGGCGCUAUGACGGAGAAGAAUACCCCGAGAACAGUGUCAGGCCAACAAGAGAAAGCAAAGCGCUCCUUAAACCUCCGCAAUACAGCCAUCAAAUUCUCCCUCGAUCAGACGAUCGGCGCGGCAGCCAACACUGUCCUCUUCAUUUCCGGCAUCGCCCUACUCCGCGGGCACACUGUCGCCUCCAUCCAGGCAGAUGUACAACAGCAUUUCUGGCCUAUGAUUUUCGCAGGACAAAAGCUGUGGCCGUUGGUGAGUAUUCUGCAAUUUACCGUGGUACCUUUCGAGUGGAGGACGCUGGUCGGUAGUUUCGUCGGGUUGCUUUGGGGUGUGUAUUUGAGUUUGAUUAGUGGAGGGAGCAAGUGA